AUAAAGUGUUUUUCAGAUCCGCUUGUGCGUGCGGUGUGUGUCUGUGUCGGUUCGAUUCCUAAUUUUCGCCUCUGCACACACUCUCCUCCUUCGCUGCAUGUCCAUUUCUCUUUUUUAGGAUUUUACAGGGAAAAAAAAAAAAAAUUUAAUAUCUUCACCUUUCUCAUUUACUGAUUCUGAUCCCUCUCUUAUUCUUUUAAUUAGCUCUUUGAUUUCUUUUCUUGAUCUCUUCCCUCCAUAGCCAGAUCUUUUAAUCAGUAGACUUUCAGCUUCUGCUAUUGCCUCAACCCAAUCAGCAAUCUUAAUCAAUACCCAGUUUAGCAUACCUACUUAUCUCAUCUGGGUUUCUUUUAGAUCUCAAGUGUAUCUGUUAAAAUGCUGGAUCCAAAUGAGAAAGGAUCAGAGCCUGAAGAUAUGAGUAGCAAAUCAACAGAAGGAGAUAACCAGCAGAAGAAGAGCUGUGCCGAUUGCGGAACUACAAAGACACCGUUAUGGAGAGGCGGUCCAGCUGGCCCGAAGUCUUUAUGCAACGCAUGUGGAAUCAGGAGCAGGAAGAAGAAGAGAGACAGUUUGGGUUUAAGCAGAGCAGCAAGUGAGAAGAAAGCAAGAAAAGCGAGCAGUAAUAGUAAUAGAUUAGGCGAUGGGUUAAAGCAGAGACUAUUGGCUUUGGGUAGAGAGGUAUUGAUGCAGAGAUCGACGGUGGAGAAACAGAGAAGGAAGCUAGGAGAAGAAGAGCAAGCUGCUGUGCUAUUAAUGGCAUUAUCUUAUGGCUCUGUUUAUGCUUAGCGUUAGGUAUAAUAAAGGAAAUCGACAAAUUGUUGUAUUAGCUGACCCAAUUAAGUUGAAGUGUAUGCUGUGAUUUUUAGUUUUGGUCUUGAUUAGGUAUUAUUUUUUUCUUUUUUUUCUUUUUUUUUGGGUAGGUGUUCUUUUUUCAAGAUUUGGGCUAACUGUAUUUGGGAUUUUGGAUUUGAGUUGAAGAAAUGCAAAAGGUGGAAGGUGGAAGUGGAUAUUUCAUAUUUGUCAUUUUAUAAAUUUUUCCUAACAAAG